GGUAAUAAGGGCGGUGUAUCAGUGCGCUUCUCCCUCUAUGGUCACAUGAUAUGUUUUGUGAACUGCCACCUGACGGCUCAUAUGGGCUACGCUCUGCAGCGCGUCGAUGAGUUUGAGUACAUUCUGGAGACUCAGGACUUUGACCUGGACAACACACCCACCGUCCGAGACCACAAGGUGGUGUUCUGGUUUGGUGAUCUGAACUUCCGCAUCUCUGACCAUGGAAUGCACUUCCUCCGAUCCUCCAUCAACAGCGGACGCUUUAACCUUCUGUGGGAGAGGGACCAGCUGUUAUCGAUGAAGAAGAAGGAACCCUUCCUUCAGGAGUUUGAGGAAGGACCUCUGAAGUUUAAACCUACAUACAAGUUCAACCGCAACUCUGACACCUACGAUACCAGUGGUAAGAAGAGGAAGCCAGCAUGGACCGACCGCAUUCUGUGGCGCAUCAAACCCAAAACCCCGCCCCCUGAGGAUGACGAGGAGGAGAGGGCGUCGACCUCCACACAGCACUCGGAUGACGGACAGGCGGAGUAUCCAUUCGAGGUGCUCCAGGACACCUACACCUGCGACCCCAGCUACGGGGUCAGCGACCACAAACCUGUCAUAGGAAUCUUUAACCUGGAGAUGAGGAAGCGUUGUGACAGUGCGCUGGUCAGUGUGUGUCCAGAGGGUCAGUGGAGCGCUGACCAGGAAGCUGUGCUGUCCUACACCAUCCUUGAAGACUUCAUGUCCUCUACCUGGGACUGGAUAGGACUUUACAAGGUGGGUUUUAAGACUGCGUUGGACUACGCUACCUUCGUCUGGGUCAAAGGUGAACUAGCAGAGGUCAACGAGGUCAUGCAGGUGUGUGUGAAUAAGGAUGACGUCCCACUAGUCGGAGGAGAGUAUGUUCUGGGUUACUACAGUUACAACAUGCAGAGCAUCGUAGGAUUCAGCCACAACUUCCAG